CAUAGCAACAAGGCAAAAUGGCGGCCAGGAUUUCAUAGUUUGUGGAUUUUUUCUUAUUUUCUCUAGAAUUUUUUCAUGAAAUAAAGGAUUUUGGGAAAGAUAUACRAUGGGAGAUGCAAGCGCCACAAAAGAUGAUUACCUUAAGGCCUGUGCAGACGUUCAAAAGGAACCAAAUGCAGAAUUAUUGGCCAUUUUCAACACUGCUAUAGAUGACAGUUUCACGGAACCUUGUAAUGAGUUCUAUUUAAAACUCAAUGGUAACAAACGAAAUGAAUGGAACGAGAUGUAUAGGAAACGAUUAGUUGAUGAGGAUGUGGAUAUCUUGUACAAGACACUGAAGCCAAACACAUUUGUUGUCCUGUUAGACCUUGGAUAUAAUAAUAUUGGAGAUAAGGGAGCAAUGAUUUUGGAUCAACUUUUACAGGAAACUCUAGUUCUACAAACCCUUGUUCUGAGUUAUAACGACAUUGGACCAGAAGGAGGAGAAGCUAUCGCUAAGGGCCUGCAGGUUAAUGAAACCUUACGAGAAUUAAAGCUGAAUGGCAACAAAAUAGGUAACAAAGGUGGCAUGGCUAUAGCUGGUACAUUACAAGUCAAUACUGUACUAGAAGAACUGGAUAUUUCUGAGGUUGACUUGAAAACUGAAAGUGUCAUUGCCAUGGCAACUGUCCUUAACUACAACAACACCCUUAAAGUAUUGGUUAUGAACAGACCUUUGCUGUUUAGCCAUCAGGAAGAGACUACAGUCCACAUAGCCAGAAUGCUAAAGGUCAACAUAAGACUAAAGGAGAUUCAUCUGACACACUAUGACAUCAGAGAUUUUGGUGCAGAAAGAAUCAAAGAAAACCUCUAUGAGAACCUGACGUUAACACACCUUAACCUGAGCAGCAAUAACAUUACCCGUGAUGGUGCUAAGCAACUGGCUAUCUUAUUAAAGAAGAACACUCCUCUAGAGGUACUAAACCUGGCCUAUAACAGAAUAGAAGAUGAUGGCGCUGUGGCAAUAGCUGAAGCAUUGGCUUCUUAUAACACAAAUCUAACUACGCUAGUAGUAUGCAGCAAUAACAUUGCCAGUCAAGGUCUAUGUGCAAUCGCCAAGGCUAUGAAGCUGAACAUUAGUUUGAGGGGUGUGUACAUCUGGGGGAACAAUCUGGAAGAACCAGCAUGUAGGGCUUUCCAAGAUCUUAUCAGUGGUUCAGUACCAAGGAUGGAGCCAAAUGAAACAGACGUUCAACCUUAUGUUGUUGACGGCGUGGUUUACUUGUCCCAUUUGAAUAACCCUUACUAAGUAAUGUAUAUAUAGAUGAUACUUUAGCCACACCAAGCUACCUACAUGUACAUUAUUGUAAUAAUAAUAUUAUUAUCAAGCAGUUAUGAACUACCUAGCUAAUAGAGUCAACUGUAAUAAACAGAUUUUCUUAAAUCUUUGGACAAUAUCCCAUUAGUUCAGCUGCAAUGUCUACAUCAGUAUUCAAAUCAAACAAAACAUAUUUUUCUAUUUAGGAGAAAAGGUUGAUAAUAACUGAACCUUAGGGACUUUUGUUUGUUUGAACUCCAUUGAUUAUUUUUUUGGCCGUUCUCAGUUCACUAGUUAUCAAUUUUUACUACUAUAACUGUAUUAAUUAUCCAAGACAAUUCUCUAUUGAUUUAUAUCGUUAGUCAAAAGRAAAUGCCUAGCAUGGGACCUAGAGUCCCAUUCACACUUCUCGCUUUGGGUAGCACGAAGAUAUAACUAGCUAAAAACUAGUGUGAGCUGCRUCGGUGUUUCUAAUGAAACAGUAAUGAUGAAAAGGUAAAUUGUACACCGUGAAAAGUCUGACAUUUCGGACAUUUCGGACGCUUGUCCUUCGUCGGAGUAAAAGAGUAGCAUGUUGGUUUUGUAAUUUUCCUUCCUGAUUGAUACCCAAUAAAGUUGUAAAGUAGGUCAAGGUGGUAGAUAUUUAGAAAUAACCCUACACUGUUUGACUAUACAUGAAUACAUUGUCUAGAGACUAGUCAUAAAGUGAAGGGGGGAAGGGGAGGAGAGUUAAGGUCAGUUCUGGAUGAAACAGAUGAAUGAUAUACAGAAAGCAUUUUCUUACCCUUAGGAUCUUUAAACUAUUUGAAGAUGAAACAGAGACAGUGCAUAUCCCUUGAAUAUGUACACGGUCAUCAUACUUAGUACUGCAAUCAUUAUUUUCUGUCAUUGACUGAAUUGAGUGGACACAUAUUUGGGAAUCCAUUUUUUUCCUACCAAUUCGCCUUCCUACUAGUGGAAUACUCUGCGUUAGUAAAGAAAAUUGUGUUAGUGGAGUGUAACCUGCAUUUCAAGGAAAAAAUUAAUAAUUUCAAAUUGACUUCUCUUACCUUUGGAUUCCAUCUCCAUGCUAGACUAAGUGUAAAAAAGUUUUAGUGAAAAGACCAGACAAAAAUGUUGGAUACUUCCUAAUUUUCAUUGUAAAUUUAUUUCAUAUCAUUAUACUUAGAUGUACUCUUUGUACAAUACAUUGAGAUUUGAAUGUAAACAUUUUCACGUCUAAACUAUAAACAGUAACAUCUAAUAAUACCAUGAUGUUGUAAUGAUUAUAUUACUUAUUAAUGAGAUUAUUAUUUUUAGUUAAUUUACAAUAUUAAUGUUAUGACAAUGGCAUGACAACGUUUGAAAGCAUGACCACAUUCAAUGUAAAUGUAAGCUUUAUUUAACCAGGGCAGCCCAUUCAGCUAUGAGGCUGGUAUCCAGAGGGGCCCUGCUUAAAAUACAACAAACAUAAUGUAUUUGCAUACUUCUUUGAAUUGUCUUUUUGCUGCCAAAUGAGCUUUACAAACUUUGUUUGUUAAAACCAGCCAGCUUAACCUAAAAAAAACAUAUGCAUGAUAGUACRAGUAUGCAAAUACAUAACAUGUGGUCCUCGUUUUGCACAUCGUGCUGUAAUUGGAUGUGAAUAAAUUGUUUGUUGGUUUGUA